AUGGAACCUCUGCGCACUGCGCCCGAAACCUCCUCCUUUGUUCCCCUCGCCGAACAUCAGUCCCGCACCCCUUCCUCCUUCCACUCCGGUCCCGCCGUCCUCCACUACCACAGCAAGCAAUGCAAGCUGGUCGUUCUUGAGAAUGAUCUGGUCGCGUCCCCUGCUCUGAGCGCGAUCCGAGGUCCAUCGGCCGAAGUGGACGGCUCCAGCGACAGUGCUCCCAAUGGCGCGAACGGUGAGAGUGAGGGAAAAGAAAUCGUCGUGGACGGUGUAGACGUGUGGGUGACGUCGGAUAAAUUUCUGCUGUACAACACUUCCCUCUCUGCCGGUGUCUCUAUUCCUUACCCUUCGAUCUCCCUGCAUGCGAUCCAAAGACUGCGCCUCCCCAGCUCCCCGGACACCGAAGUCCAGGGUCUCUACAUGCAGAUCGCGACCCCGGGACCUGCGACCCAGGAAGAUGACGAGGAAGAGAGCAUGGUUAUGACCCUUGUGCCGCCGACGGACGCAGACUCGGCCACCGAACCCCAAAGCGACGACAAGCCCGAGGAAACGCCUACGCAGGCUCUGUAUGCUGCAGUAUCUGCCUGCGCGAACCUGCAUCCGGAUCCUAUGGAGGAAGAUGAGGAGGAGGAAGGUGAUGACUCGCUCUUCCAGUCCGGGCUUGUCUCUAUGGGCAGCGGAAACGGAGGUUUGCCGCCCCCGAUGGAUGGCAGUUCUGGAUGGAUUACCGCCGAUAACAUGCACGAGUACUUCGACGAAGAUGGAAACUGGAUCGCCGGCGGCGAGGAGCCGACAUUGCCUCUGGGCCCCGGAGCAGGUACGAUCAGAACCAGAGACGAGGAGAAUGAUGGCCAGGAAGGAGACAAUCACGGCGAAGGCCAAGGCGAUGAUGAAACCAAAUGGAGGCGAACCGAUUAA